AUGACGACAGUGGUGUCGCUGCAGCAGCAGCAGCAGCAGCAGCAGCAGCUGCUGCCGCUGCUGCUGCCGCAGCGGGGGCCCGAAGCAGCAGCGCCCAAGGGAAAGAAGAGGCGGGACAGCCGCAGCAGCAGACGCAGCAGCUGCAGCAGCACAGACAGCCGGCGCUGCAGCACGGCGAGCAACGGGAACCGGCUGGCAGCAGACCCCGCAGCAGCAGCAGCAGAAGCAGCAGCAGUAGCAGCAGCAGCAGCAGCAGCAGACACCAACCAGCCCACUGAAGUUGGGGCUUACCGGGUUUAUGUAAAAGGAGCAGCAGAGUCUGUGCUGCGGCUCUGCAGCCACAUAGUGGUGCCCCCCGGCCUUGCUGCUGCAGUGGCGCCCCUCAGCAGCAGCAGCAGCAGCAGCAGCAGCAGCGGGGAGAACCUGUGCCCCGACCUGUGCGUGGUGCCCCUCUCAGCAGCAGCAGCAGCAGCAGUGGAGCAGCAAGUCAUUGGGGCCAUGGCGGGCCAGGCCCUCCGCACAAUUUGCGUGGCUUAUAAAGAUUUCUUUGGAGACAAAAAAGAUUCUUCUUGGAAAGAAAUCAGUCCAAACCCUCCCUUCAAACAAGUCGAGUCCGGCCUCACUUGCCUCGCCAUUCUUGGAAUCAGAGACCCCGUGAGGGAGGAAGUCCCUGCUGCAGUAAGGGCCUGCCAGGCCUCGGGCAUUAAAGUGCGGAUGGUUACGGGGGACAAUUUGGAGACGGCGAAGCAAAUUGGCAUCAAGUGCAACAUAUACCACCCCGAAGAAG